AUGAAACCCUUCAUCCACGGCGUCCCGAUCACCACAACCGGAGCUUCCACAGCUCUGCAGCAGCAGAAUCCUCUGCCGCUGACGCCGGAGCAGGAGCAGCUCCCCUGCCCGCGCUGCGACUCCACCAACACCAAGUUCUGCUACUACAACAACUACAACUUCUCCCAGCCCCGCUACUUCUGCAAAGCCUGCCGCCGCUACUGGACCCAGGGCGGCACCCUCCGCGACAUCCCCGUCGGCGGCGGGACCCGCAAGAGCGCCAAGCGCUGCCGUACCUCUCUCACUCCCGCCGCCGCUGCUACUACUACUUCCGUUACCUCUUCCGCCGUCAAUAGUCCGGAUAGCUCGGCUGGAUUCGAGGGGAUUGCUUCGCCGUUGCUGGCAAUGGGAGGUCCAUUGGGCCUUGGGCUUGACGGGAAAGGGAAUGGGCCCGGGUCUCUCUGUGGUAGCUUUACCUCUCUUUUGAGCAAUGCUGGGCCUGGGCUUGGAGGUGGUGGUGGGUUUGUUCCGGGGUUUGAAGAUGUGGGCUUCGGUCUGGGCCGAGGGAUCUGGCCUCUUCAUGGGGUGGAAGACGGCGGCGCUGGCAACAUUACCGGCGGUGGCAACAUUACCGGCGGUGGCAGUACUGGCGGCAAUACGUGGCAGUUCGAGAGUGGGGAGAGUGGGUUUCUUGUGGGCGGUGGCGGCGAUUGUCUCUCUUGGCCUGAUUUGUCAAUUUCAACUCUUGGAAAUGGACUCAAAUGA